GCUACUAUUAUUACUGAUUUAUAAACAAUCUAUAGUCCAUAAACUACUUAUGAAUCCUUUGUCUUUGUAACCAAACAAUAUAACGGUAAAAGUUUAAAACUAUAUAACAACGUGAUGCCAUUCUGCAUCCAUAGCUUCUUCCAGUUACGAAUUUGAGAGUAACGUUAGUAGGCUGGGCUACAUUUAUCCAGCCCUACAGCAAACCAAGUGGUGGGUCUUUCGGCGAAUACAUAAAUUAAGGAUUGUGCCUUUAUUGUGACAGACCGUUUCAUGGUGAUCGGGGAUAAAUAGCAUAGUAACCUAUAGUUGGUGUGGGGUCUAGUUCACCAUGUGCUCAUGGCAACACUGUAUCAAUAAUGCAAACUUCAAAAUAAAGGUUACUCACGCAGGUUUAACAAGCGGACCUGACACGUCGAGUGUGUCUAGGAGCACUGACUGAGCGUAACCACGAUGGCAAAGUUCCUGACUCAAGACCAAAUAAAUGAAUUCAAGGAAUGCUUUUCACUCUAUGACAAGAAGCACAAGGGUAAAAUUGAGGCCAAGGACCUGAUUAUAGUCAUGCGCUGCCUGGGGGUCAGCCCCACUUUCAUUGAGGUGGACAGACACCUGCAAAUCUCCAAGAUUGAUAAGUGUGGAGAGCUGGACUUCUCCACCUUCCUGACUAUGAUGCACCAGCAGAUCCAGCAGGAGGACCCCAGAGCAGAGAUUCUGGAGGCCAUGAGGAUGACGGACAAGCAGAAGAAGGGCUACAUCCUGUCCUCGGAGCUCCGGGCCAAGCUCACCGGGCUGGGAGAGAAGCUCACUGAUAAAGAAGUUGACGAGCUGCUGAAAGAGACUGGCGUGGGACCAGACGGAUGUGUCCACUACGAGGAGUUUGCCAAAACAAUGACCCUUCCUUCUACAAACUGCUGAGCAGCCAUCAGGCCGGAUACGAUCAUACUGUACCACAAAAGUGCACUGAUUCAAAGCAUCUGCAUGCUGGCUGCCCACUAACAUCAUGUUGAGAUGAGAAGUUUUUUUUUCUUUAUUAGCUUUCUGAGGUAUGUGUUUCUUUAGUUAUUACGUUUUCCUUAUAUUUCUAUUAUGUAUCCCUUAUAUAGAUUUGUAUGUUGAAGGAAGCAAUGAUGUGCCUGGUUGAAAUGUCUGCACUUUAAAUAUAUAACUAAUACUAACUGGCAUUGUUAUAGCUUAUCACUAUUACCAAGUAAUCACUAAAAAGCCUACUGACAUUUUCACAAAGUAAUGACAUUGUUCUUAUUGAUAUAAAGAGCAACUUGAUUUCUUGGGUCCAAACUUGCUGUAAAAUUGUUUUUAUGUAAAUGUGAAAAAGCUUUGUAGGUUUGGAUCAAACCAUUUCUCAUGGAGAAAAUUUGUAAACCAGAGGUAGUUUACGUGGUGUGGUUCAAAAGUGGUGUGGCAAAAUGAACAUGUCUUUUCUGGGGCCUGUAGUUUUUCCUAAUCUCAUGUCCUGGUCAGGUAAAACUCUGGGUCCUAUUCGUAGGCUAUGACAAAACAGCAUUAUUAUAGAUAGCUUCCCUUUUCGUCUGUGCUAUGACUAUAGGGCUGUUUUUUCCCUGUCAGGUCAUGUGAAUUGGAAACACUGCUGACCUAAGGUGGACUUUUCAAACUACCACAAACCUUGUUGUUAUUCAUUCCGAAUCUGAUAUCAAAAGAGCCAGAGACAACAACGUCAAUGGACAACAUACCCUGUAGUUUAGUGAACUAUUAUAGCAGGGCUGAGCGUUAUGCUUACAAUGUCUUUAAAUAUUAUAAUAUCUAUACACACACAAUGUUAACUCUUAAUAAAUACCCGUUCCCUUUUUAAUUUUUUUAUUUUGCCUGAAAUUACACCCAAAUCUAACUGCCUAUAGCUCAGGCCCUGAAGCAAGGAUAUGCAUAUCCUUGGUACCAUUUGAAAGGACACACUUUGAAGUUUGUGUAAAUGUGAAAGGAAUGUAGGAGAAUAUAACAAUACAUCUGUAAAAGAUAAUACAAAGAAAAAAACAACCGUUCUUUUUUACAUUUUUUGUACCAUCAUCUUUGAAAUGCAAGAAAAAGGCCAUAAUGCAUUUUUCCAGCCCAGCUUCAAUUUAGAUUUUGGCCACUAGAUGGCAGCAGUAUAUGUGCAAAGUUUAGACUGAUCCAAUAAACCAUUGCAUCUCUGUUCAAAAUUUUGUAUCAUGACUGCCCAAAUAUGCCUAAUUUGUUUAUUAAUUAACUUGAUGUUAAAAAUUGUGCACUCUCCUCAAACAAUAGCAUGGUAUUCUUUCACUGUAAUAGCUACUGUAAAUUGGACAGUGCAGUUAGAUUAACAAGAAUUUAAGCUUUCUGCCAAUAUCAGAUAUGUCUAUGUCCUAACAUUUUCUUGUUACUUACAACCUCAUGCUAAUCACAUUAGCCUGCGUUAGUUCAACUGUCCCGUGGACGGUACACUGAUCAAGAAGUUAAGCAGUGGACUUUUAAAAAAAAUGUAAAGACAGGUUUCAUUGUAGAAAACUAUUUUAAUUUAGUCACAACCGAUUAUUUGUUCAUCUGACUGCAGUGCUCUUCUGAUAUUAAUUCUGUGAGCUUUAUGUAAGGCAGGAUUACAUUUGAAACCUACAGAACCAUUUAAAAAGUGCUUUUUGAAAGAAAUUGAUUUUAUGAAUCAUAAAAUGUAUGGUAAAUGCUGUAAGUAUGAAAUCAAAAACUAGCAACUAUAAUUGAAAGAGAGAAGCGUGAUGAAAUUAUCUUUCAAUAAUUACACUUUUGAUGUCAUAUACAGAUAAAAAAGAUAAAUAUUUGACAAUAUCAGAAUUUUUCUCACACAUAUAUGGUUGUUCGUUGCAAGGGUUCAUUUAACACUAUGCACCAGAUUUCAUGAACUAGAUUCAGCUGCAGGAUGAUUGUUUCUUGAGCAGAUGAUCGGGGGUCCGGAACAUAAUUACAAAUCAUUUAUAGACAGCAAAUGGACCUCAAGAAGCCGAAAUCAAUAUAAUGGGAAUCAUUUCAAACUGCUUACAUUUGUAUACGAUCACAUUUUCUCUUUAUUAUGCGUGGGAAUAUUUGGGAAUACAUUUCUUAAAUUAAAACCACUUGGAGCUGAUUUCCUGGUUUUUAGUCGAUUAUGUCCAGCAAAUAACAACAAAAAAUGCUCAGAAAACUUGGGUGUCAAAAUAAAAUGUGUCAGAGUUCCACCAAUUAGGGAACCCUGCUUUACACAGUAGACUUUGUUACACUUUUUAAAAAUGUAAUUAGGCAAGUCAGUUAAAAACAAAUUCUUAUUUACAAUGACGGCCUAACCUGUCCUAUUGUGCACCUCCCUGUGGGACUCCCAAUCACAGCCAGAUGUGAUACAGCCUGGAUUUGAACCAGGGACUGUAGUGACACCUCUUCACAGUGCCUUAGACCGCUGCUCCACUCGGGAGCCCGAGUGACUUUGCAACAAUUUUUUAAAAAUGUGUAAAUCAUAAAAACAUUAACCUUGUGUUGAUGUCCUGGCCUCCAUCUGGCCCACCAGAUGGUGUGAUGUUCGAAUAUACCGAUCCUGUGCAGGUGUUGUUACAUGUGGUCUGCCACUGCGAGGACGAUCAGCUGUCCACCCUGUCACCUUGUAGCGCUGUCUUAAGCGUCUCACAGUACGGACAUUGUAAUUUAUUGCCCUAGCCACAUCUGAAAUCCUCAUGCCUCCUUGCAGCAUGCCUAAGGUACGUUCACGCAGAUGAGCAGGGACCCUGGGCAACUUUCUUUUGGUGUUUUUCAGAGUCAGUAGAAAGGCUUCUUUAGUGUCCUAAGUUUUCAUAACUGUGACCUUAAUUGCCUACCGUGUCUUAACGACCGUUCCACAUGUGCAUGUUCAUUAAUUGUUUAUGGUUCAUUGAACAAGCAUGGGAAACAGUGUUUAAACCCUUUACAAUGAAGAUCUGUGAAGUUAUUUGGAUUUUUACGAAUUAUCUUUGAAAGGUCGGGUCCUGAAAAAGGGGCGUUUUUUUUGCUGAAUUUAGAUAUAUUUGGAUUUCAUAACCACCCAAACAGAUACAUUAACUUGAGGCAGAAAGAGGUCAGUAUUGCAACUGUUUACCUAAUCUUAUUAGGUAAUAUGUCUGUAAAGUUAACUUUCACAAAUUGAUGAAAAUAAAGGCAGAUAAGAAAUGGC